CCUGACCAAUUACAAUCACGUUCAACAAUUUAGUAGCUUGUUGCCAGUGAAUGUGUCGAGUCGCUAUUUUAUAACUUGAAUAUAUUGAAUACAGCAACAAUGAGUAACAUCGCACCUGUGGGUCCAAAACCGGGGACCUUGAUCUGCCCAUCUUGCCGCGCGAGCGUGGUCACCAGAAUCGAGCAUAAAGCAACUACCAGGACACAUAUUGUAGCCUUUCUGUUAUGUUUAUUCUUAUGCUGGCCAUGCAUUUGCGUGCCGUACUGCGUGGAUUCCUGUCAAAACGCCGACCACUAUUGCCCUAGUUGUAACGCUUAUCUAGGCACGUACCAAGCGUAGUUCCUAUUCCAAAGACUGCGAAACAUUUUUAAACACGUCUUCUAUCCAGACGAACAAGCGAGCGUAAACGUAAGAUUGUAUCAAGCCGGGCAAUCUAAAAGAACUGGAAUUCAGGAUAGUUUCACGUAGUCACAUUUCUCUUUCUGUGGGGCUUUAAAUUUCCCCAGCAAAGUAAAAUAUAAGUCCAGAAUGGAACAGAAUAGAGGAAAUGGAGCGGUUAUCUAAAGUCGUGCCACCGCAACGCUCGCUCACACUGAAUUUUCCUAUAAUUUGCGCAAAAAGUAAAACUGUUCCUCAUUGCAUAAAUUCCCCUUUGUCAAGAUUGUUUAAUUUUACAUCUUUUAAAGGUACACGUAGUGUACUUUUAUAAAUGAUAAGAUUUUUAAAAUUGCAUUUGUUCUGUGUUACGUUUUCGAAUCUCGCGGCACUUAAUAAUAAUUAUUGUUAUUAUUUAAAUGAACUUAUAUAUCACUCUUACCUACAAAGAUUCUUUUCUUGUAUUUCCCAGUUAAGUUUACGUGAUAUUUUCAAUGUAUUGUUCAUUUUUAUGUUUUGAUUAUUACAUAUAAAAAAUAAUAUUAUAAUAAUAAAUAUAAAUAAUAAAUAUAAAAAAUAAUAAUAAAUAUAAAUUAGUUUUUUUAUAUAUAAGUAAGAUGUUUAUGAUUAAUUUUUACCGUUAUGUUAUUACGCUAGAAUUAUUAAAUAAACGUGAGAUUAUUGUA